CAUAUUAUAACCGCGGUACAUAAUACGGAAAUUUUGGUUAUCCGCUUGGAUUUGAUUUAUGACAUCUGUCAUCUGACGUAUAUGUUUUGUGGUCGUACCCGAAUAACCUCAAACAAUCCACAAUAUUAAAAAUAACUUGGAAUAUGUUGGAAUAAUAGUUUUGUUUUAAUACUCAAACAUGUAAGAAAAAUCUAUGGACGCCCUCAAUUCAGAAUCAUGAAUACCAUAAAUACGUAUAUCCACUUUCAGGUAUACGUUAGCGUUGAAAAGGGCAGUGCUCCCUAGAAGUAGUAACUAUUUAAGAGUUUGUGCUAAGAGCUCAAAGCCAGAAGAUACUUCCUCAAGUAGCAGCAGCAGUAGUUCGAGUAGCUCUGACAGUGAUAAUACGAAAGAUGCCAAACCCUCAAAUGAACAAAAGUUAGAACGAUUGAACACUUUGUUACAAGAUCUCAUUCAGAGUAAUGCUCCUGGUAAAACCGCAAAACUGGAAUUGGCUAAACCGAAGGGUAGAGAAUUUAAAAAAGAGUUAGACACAAAUGAUGUAACUACAAAAACUGAAACUGCAGAAAAGGAAAUGGUGAAGGCAGUAAAAGAUGUAGCUACUGACUUAGGAGGUGAUACCAAACAGACUGAGUCAGAAUUAUUAAUGAAAUUGCUAAAUCCAGAAACAUCUCCUACAUCUGCAACAAAUUUGAUGGAUAUCAUGAAAGGAAUGAGGAUAGAUAGGGAAACAAAAACAGCAGAGAAAAGUCGGGCUGAACAAGUUAGAAGCAUUUUACAAACAGCAAAAAGUAGAAUAUCGAAAGAAGGUCCUCAGCCAGAAAGAAGAAUGAAGAGGCUCCCACAACAUAUCCAACAAAAAAAAGAAAUAGUGGUGCAAAAAAUUGAUUUGUUCGGUGGUGAAGCUCUGAACAUUUUCACAAACAAAUCUGAAUUAACAGAGGUUACACAAACCAAAACAUGGCAAAGGCUAUAUGAAAGGGAUUUGAAAUUAGCAGUCACGCAUCCACCAUCAAACUAUUUCCAGCAACUGAUGUUGUGGACUGAACAGGAAAAACUGUGGAAAUUCCCCAUUGACAAUGAACAAGGUUUGGAUGAAGAAAAGAAGGUGGAUUUUUCGAAGCAUGUAUUUUUAGAAGAGCACCUGGAGCCCUGGUGCCCUGCUAAAGGCCCACUGAGACAUUUCAUGGAACUGGUAUGUGUGGGUCUAUCAAAAAAUGCAUAUUUAACUGUUGAUGCCAAAAUUGAGCACAUCCUAUGGUACAAGGACUACUUUGAGAGCAAGAAAAAACUUCUCAAAGAUACAGGAGCAAUACUCGCAGAACGGGAGGCGCCGAAAGCUGUACAAUGAGCUCAUGUUCUUUUACGUUGUUUGUAAAUAAAUAUAUUUUCCAAAGUA